UAUAAACUCCUCGCAAAGAACAUGAAAUUGCCUUCAAGCUUCCCCUCUGCGUUCAUCUUUCCGCCCCUUCAAGCCCGGUGCUAACUGCGCGUCCUCUCUUUCAGAUUCGGUUUCUUUUUAUCUUAUCUCGUUCCCGUUUUACUUAGCUCAUUCUUCGAUUUGUCUUUCUUCGUCAAAAUGCACUUCACCUUCGUCUUGGCUGCUUUUGUCGGCAACGCCGCUGCACAUGGCGUUGUCUCAAGCUUCAAGACUGAUGGUGCUGAACACCAAGGUUACCUGAUGAACUACUACUAUGAUACCAAGAACGGCAAAGCUCUCCCUCCUUUGGCUGCAUGGUCUGCUGAGAACCUCGACAAUGGCUUCGUGUCCCCAGACAACUAUACUCAUCCGGACAUUAUUUGCCAGAAGAAUGGAAAGCCGGCCAAUUUGACUGUUCAGGUUGCCGCUGGCGGGACCAUCGACUUUCAAUGGACUAAAUGGGCUCAUUUCGGCCCAAUGAUGACCUAUGUGGCUCCCUGCAACGGCGAUUGCUCCGCUGUCGACAAGGCCACCCUCAAGUGGGUAAAGAUUGACGAAGCGGGGAUCGAUUUUGACACUCAAGAGUGGGCGGCUAGAAAGAUGGUCAACAACAACCGAACAUGGACGACAAAGAUACCCUCUACGCUAGCUGCCGGCAACUAUGUCUUCCGUCACGAAACAAUCGCUGUUCACGGGUCAAACAGGAUUGGCGGCGCACAGAACUACCCUCAGUGCUUCAAUAUCGAGAUUACAGGGUCGGGAACUGCCAAGCCCGAGGGCGUCUUGGGCACCAAGCUCUACACUCCCACUGAUCCGGGCAUCUACUUCAACCCUUACACAACUUUGAAGAACUAUACCAUUCCUGGUCCUCCUCUGUUCAAGGACGGUAAUGGAGGUCUUGACAAUGGCUCUGUCACAUCCUCAAUUGCCAAAGACCAGACGACCGCCCCGAUUAUUGCGACUACAUUGGUCACCUCUAGGCUUCCCAAGCCAACCACUUUCGAAGUUAUCACCAGCGCCUUUCCAACUGCCACUAGUGUACCCAGUGAAUCCUCUCCUAAGCCAUCCGCGAGCGGAUGUAGAGCUGUGCGAAAAGGAGCUGGCGUCAUGGGCUCUGAGUUCUCUGAAGCUGCUGAGAGGUUUGGCAUUACUGCUGUUGGUGGUGAAGGUAUGAGCGUCGGUUAUGCUGGUGGAUUCUUAGCUGGUGGUGGACACUCUCCCAUGUCGCCGCUCUACGGUAUGGGCGCGGAUCAGGUAGUUCUGAGUAUUGAAGUCGUUACUGCCGAUGGUCGCUUUGUUACUGCCAACGAGCACCAAAACACUGAUCUGUUUUGGGCUCUUUGCGGUGGUGGAGGAAGCACCUUUGGCGUCGUGACUUCAUACACUGUCAAAGUCUUUCCCAAGAUCGAGGUUGCCAUCAUGAGUUUCUCCUUCACCACCAGUAAUACGGUCUCAUACGACACUUUCUGGAGAGCAGUGAGAGCAUAUUGGAAACUCAUUCCAACUUUCAAUGCUGCGGGAAAUUACGAGUACUGGGCUGUGACCCACGGAGAGGGUGAUUUGCUAGCUUUCUCGUUCUUCCCAUGGUUCGCACCAAACCAUACUCUCGCCGAGCUAAAGACUCUCGUUGCGCCUCUCUUCCAAACGUGGAAGGAUCUUGGAAUCGAGUUCAAUGUUACAGAGUCGGAGCAUAGUAGCUACUACGGUGCUUGGGCAGCUGGGUUCCCCCGUGAGGUUGUGGGCGGUGCGAAGACCAAGACAGCCGGUCGCCUCUUCCCUACUGAAAACUUCAAAGAUGCUGCAAAGUUCAACAAGACUUUCGAUGCCCUCAAGAGUCUCUCGGACAAGGGCGGGCAGAUCAUUGGCUUCGGCAUCACCGGAGGUCCAGGACCUUACCCCGACAAUGCCGUGAACCCUGCAUGGCGAGGUGCAGCCAUGUGGGCGAUCUCCGUCAUCGACUAUCCCGAGGGUAGUUCCUGGGAUUUGGUUGCUGAGAAGAUGACUCCUGGUGGUGGCGCGUAUGCUUCUGAAGCGGACGUGACGGAACCCAACUUCCAACAAUCGUUCUACGGCACUGACAAGUAUAAGAGGCUUUUGUCCAUCAAGGAAAAGGUUGAUCCCUAUGGGCUCUUUUAUGCACUGCAGGGUGUUGGAAGCGAGCGAUGGUACGUCACUGAUCAAGUUGACGGUAUCCCGACACAGAAUGGAAGACUGUGCAGAAUUUAA